AGGGACCGUGUUGGUACAGCUGACUGUAUAGAGGUAGGCACAGCGUGAAUGGGACACUGUGGAUAGAACUGAUUGUGUCUAAUCUUUAAAAGUGGAUGGAAAUAAAUCCAUAAAGGAUAAUUAAUAUAAGGAAAGGAUAAUUCUGGGAGCAAAAUGCACAAUGAGUCUGGAAAUGAGUAAUCCAGAUGUGAGUAAUAAGUCAGAGGAAAUUUUGAAUGGGUGACUCUUUUGACAAGGAUUAGAGGUGCGUUAGGAUGUCUGCACGAGAGUUGUGAAAAUAUUUGAGAUACACAGGAACAGAGACGAGUGAAGAUGUCUCACGUUCAGGAACUCCUAAAUCGAGACAUAAAAGUCCUGCUGAGGAGCCCAGACAUUGAGGAGAGAUGCCUGACUGUCCGAAUCUGCAUUGAACUACAUUCUUCUACAAGUCCAAACCAUAAGAAGGACCUGAUAGUUCGGUUGACUGAUGACACCGAUCCAUACUUUCUCUACAAUCUUGUUCUUUCUGAGGAGGACUUUCAGAGCCUGAAGGUGCAGCAGGGACUGCUCGUGGAUUUUUCUGCAUUUCCACAGAAGUUCAUUGAUUUGCUGUAUCAAUGUAUGCAAGAUGAGAGCAAGGAGAAUCCAAGAUUCCUCUUGCAGUUGUCUUCUUCCUCAGUUCUGGGUGGGUCGCAUGCUCAACUGGAUGUCAUUGAAAAAAAUGCAUUUAAGCAUUUGACACACCUAUCCCUUCGAAUGUUGCCAGCAACUGACAUUGAAAUCAAAGGUUAUCUGGCCAAAUGUCUGCGUUACACUACGGAGGAAAAAAACAUGUUUCAAAAAAAGCUGAAAAAAACAGAAGAGGACUUUAACCGGCAGAUGAUAUCCGCUCAGCAGAGCCUGUCUGAAAAAAGUCAAGAGCUGGAAAGAAUAAAGUGUGAGUCUUCAACUAAGAUUGCAUCGUUGACGAGUCAGCAAACAGUUGAGCUAGCAAAAGAGAGAGAAAAUGCUCAGAAGGCUUAUGCACAGUUAGUGCAGCAGCAUGAACAACAGAAAAAUGAGUUGGAGAAUUCUUUUCAGAGGAACACACAGCAGAUGCAGAGCCGACUCACAGAACUGGAAAUUUCCAACAAGGAACAGCUUGAGAAGCGAUUCAAGGCAGAAGCUACUAUCCGCGAACUCCGAGCCAAAAACCAGGGCCUGGAAGAGGAAUCCCAAAGGUCACAGCAGAAAAUUGUAUCCCUGCAGAGGGAAAACUCUACAUUGGACACAGAAUGCCAUGAGAAAGAGAAGGAGGUAAACCGACUGCAGACACGUUUGGCUGUUCUUGAACAAGAACUAAGGGACAAAGAGCAGCUGGUGCUUCGAAGCAAUGAAGUUCUCAAAGCAACCCAGGAGCAAAAGGCAAGCCUUGAAGAAAGUUCUGAGAAGAGACAAGUGCAGAUUGGAAAAUUAGAGGCAACAAUAAAAUCCUUAUCUGCAGAGCUCCUCAAGGCAAAUGACAUAAUAAAAAAGCUGCAAGUAGACCUGAAGCGCAUGAUGGGAAAGUUGAAACUGAAGAACGCAGUGACUGUGCAGCAAGAGAAGCUACUGGCAGAUCACGAGAAAAGACUUCAGGGAGAACAAAAAGAACUACAGGAAUCCAAGCAAAGUCUGCGGCUCAGAGACGAAGAGACCGACAAGCUACGUGAACAACUCCAACAAACAGAGCAAAAGCUUCAAGAAAGUAAAGAGCUUCUGAAAAACAAUGAGAAUGUUAUCAACUGGCUAAACAAGCAGCUUAAUGAAAAUCAGUGUGGGGUUACCAGUUCCAUCAGUGCUGCAGUAUCAGCCAAUCAUCUGCCUGAGAAUAGAUUAGCUUUUCAUGCCUCACGAGCAAAUUACCCACUUCCAGCUUCCUAUCCAGUCAGACCCUACAUUCCAUCAGCUUCUUCAUCCCACCAGUCCUCAACUGACGUAAAUUCGGGUCAACGGGUUCUGUACAGCAAUCCACUUCCAAAAGGGCAUGUAGAAUUACACCAAGGAUCUUCUAGACAGUGUUCUAACCCAAAUAAGGAGAAUGGGGAGAUUUUAGGUUUGGAUCUCAAGUACCUGAAGAAGAGAGAAUUUGGAAACUCUCUACAAGGACUUAACCAGAAUGUAGCUUCAGGAAAAUCAGCACAAAUUAGAACUGUGAAUUCCCUUACUCACUCAGCAUACUUCCCUAACCAAGCACCUUCCUGAUAGCCUUGAUGACUUUAGCAUAUUGCCAUUCUUGUGCAGACUUGCCAAUCUAUGCAUUUGCCAGAAAAAGCAGUUUAUAUGGAUUUAUUUUGUGAGAUGAAGAAUGGACAUUCUGCCCAGUGUGCAGGAAAAUUGAAAUGCCAUGGACCUUCACAUUGUAUCAGUAAUUCUAUUUAUACAACUUGCACAUAUGUGUAUUAUUAGCAUUGCUCAGCAAAAUGUUUCCUCUGCCUCGAUCUUAUGCUAUUAUGUUCUUUCAAAAAGUUAAUUUAAAAAAAAUAUAUAUU